AUGCCCGCGUGUGCUGCGGUGGAGUUCUCCUCUGCAUCUGCGGAGCCGCGCCUUCGCGAUGACUUCCUCUCGCAGCUGCGGUCAAGCAGGUUCGAUGGGCUGCUGAAGUUGCGUAAGGUGCCUACCACGCGCGGCACUGCCGCUGCUCCCGGUUGCCGGUUGCCACAAAAGCGUUCCCGCGGCGAGGCGGCGGCGGCGUCAGAUGGUGUGCAAGGCGUCACCGCUGCGUGUGUGCUGCACGCUCUCUGUGGCGUGUCAGGUCAGCCGCUUCGGGGCCUGGAGCUCCGCCACGCACGACUUGUCGCUGCCGACGUGGCGCCUGAGGAGAGGGACGUGUCGUGCCAAGAUGGCACAGGGAACCUCACUCUCUGCACUCUUCUUGGCGGGGAGGGCCUCUUCAGCAGCUUGCGCACGCUGGACCUGGAGUGCAAUGAUCUGCGAGACGAAGGCAUCAUACGCCUCUGCGUGCAGUGUCUACCGCGACUGCCCUUCCUCCAGUGUUUGUUUGUGGCCAGCAACGACUUUGGCGUGCCGGGUCUCGAGGCUAUUGUUCAGUACACAGAGGGGUGGGUGUGUGAUGCUUUGGCUGCGGCUCCUGAUGGCGAUGAUAGUGGUGGUGGUGGCGGCGGCGGCACUAACGCAGCUUCCGGGGGUAUGAAACCACAUCCGCUUGAGACUGUGGGCCUUACGAACAAUCUGCUCUACGCCGGCAGUGACGACGCGACGCUGCUGCUGGGCAGACUGCUGCAGGCGUGUCGGUCGGUGUUGCGUCGUGUACACCUUAACCAUGUCCAAAUGCCAACAUCCGCGGCGACGGAGCUGCUACACACUGUGACCGCUUCUUCUUGUGUUGGAGAAAGACGACUCUCAGGCUUUCCCCGCCUUGAGGCAAUCUACUUGAAACAAAAUGACGUCGAUAAGGAACGAUUUCGUUCAGUGUUGCAGGGCGUUGGUGCGGACGCCAUUGCACGUGCGUUCGUCCUGUAG